GGCCGCCUCGUUUUAGAAGCACACCUGCCAACAUCAAGACAACCUCGUUUUUCUUCUUUCUCUUCUUCACUUGUCACCUUCAUCAUUAUCUCAGAAAGUUUUCACACCAUCAGGUCUGAUAUCGCUCUCAUCUUGCAGGCUGAUCUCUAAGUUGAUAACUCCCGAUUGCCGUUGUUUCUUCUCCAGAACACGAAUCUGGCGUCUCUGACUGGGCGGUAAUGCGUCUGAAUCUUCAAUAAGGCCAUCUCCAUUACCCUCUUCUCUACCGCAAUCAUGGCCGACUCUAUCAAAUCUCCUUCUUUCGCCGCUACGCCCGAUAAACACGCUCCUCCAGCCCCGCGUUUUCACGACAUCGCUGUCACGCCCCAGAGUCUCCCUCCUCUCGCCGAUGUGUCAACCAAUUCAGCCGUAUCUGCGACUGAUUCAGAGAAGCAUCCCAAGGGGAAGAGGAAACGGACAACGGCAAAAGACAAGAUGGUUCUGGAAGAGGCAUACAGCAGUAACCCUAAGCCCGAUAAACAGGCGCGCCUGGACAUUGUCCAGCGCGUAUCGUUAAGCGAGAAGGAAGUUCAGGUAUGGCAUUGACAACAUUGCAUUUGCUGUUGGAUCCUGGCAUUCACAUGGCGACCUACCACGCGUCUUUCCACGGGGUAUGAAAACACCAAACUAACGUCAUCCCCUCCAGAUCUGGUUUCAAAAUCGAAGGCAGAAUGACCGCAGGAAAUCUCGCCCUUUGUCACCAGGAGAAGUUGCCGCUCUUCAUCAUGGAAUUAUGCAUCCCUCGACUUUCGACCCAAUUACACACACUACAACUCCAAGCAAACCCGAACAUCCAUUUCCCGUGUCCGAAAGUGCUAUAUCUCGAUUUGGAGAUCCCAUCACUGUGCCCCCUCGACAUUUCGACCGGACACCCUCCAUGCCACGAUAUCACUCAGACCUUGUGAAUAGCACUCCAACCCCCCUUGGCCAUGACAGUUUUCGCUACUAUUCUGACGCCACUCCUAACCGCAUUGAUCCUACUCUUCCACACGAAGCUCGAGAUGUGUCCCAUUCCUUGUCAAGCUCUAUAUCUAGUAAUGUUGGCUACCUGUCCAACCGGUGGAAUGCUGGGGCCACUUCAUUCUCUACGCCAGCUGCUUUUACCCGCAGCGGUGACGACUCAUUCAGAUUCGAUACGUUCCCUCCGUCCUCAUGCGCUUCUGAUCGUGUCAUUGCCACCCCCCUCUCCCAAAACCAGCCCAAGGUUCACCUUUCUACAUCCUUAGACGGAAAGGCAGAGUUAGUCUCCAACCAAGGCUCUCCUUCACGUGAAUUACCUCCUCGACCAUCCUCCACAACGCCAUACUUGCCUGAGGAGCGACAGCGCGGUCUGCAACGAGGCCUACAACGUAGUAGCAGCGCUGUUACUCUCCCUCCCUUGUCGGAACUCACUAGCAGUUUGCCUCCUAGUCUUGUGCGAGGUCGGUCUCGUGAUGUGCAUGCCUGGGAAAAAUGCGCGGACGCUGAGAACCGUGAUGAGCUGACAGCGCAGGCCGAGUACGAGUCGAACGGAUCGGCGGCUGCAGCUAUCAACAUCCUUCGUUCUACGAGCGGGAUUCUUCAACCAAGUAACGCCAAACGCAACGCUCCCAUGACAAGGCCCCAACGACCUCACCAGGCAAAGAAGGCAAAGCUGGAUCCUACUGGGUCAAGUAUUUCACGACUAGAUGCGGACUUGGACGAAAGGGAAAAGGCUGACAGGGAGCAUGGCAAGGUGAAGGUUUCGAUGUUGGUCUCUCCGACAGGUGGCGACUCGGAUAAGGAGAACUUGAGCCCUGACGAGGAGACAAGUUCGCCAGAUCCUUACCACCGUCGACCUUUGCCACCUGCCCCCAAAUAUGUUGGCGAUCACCCUCGACGAGUUGGCCGAGCGCUGCAGGAGCAAAGGAGCCCAAACCUACUCGCAAACCGCGCAAACAUGGCGCCCACACGACCACGUUCCAUCGUUAAGGAAGGAUUGGAGAUUUUCCAGGACAGGAUGAAACCAGUGCUGUCUUCCAGGGAACCAGACAUGGUUCGAGGUUCCAUCAGUCCUAGUAAAAAGCCCGACAUGGACUGCGUGGCAGGUCUUCUUUCUCUCAGCCAAGGAGCUUGGAGGUGAAGAGAAGAUAAAAGGAAAAACUGUAUCUGUAGAUGCCGGGGAAUGGAACCACGGGAAAGAGCGAAAUGACCUUGACAUAGCCUAGGUUAACUGUUGUCGUUUCCUCUCCCGUGGCAGAUAAGGAAUCACUUUCUUGCACGACUCACACGAGGCUCGUUCUCGAUGUUUACAGGUGUAUAAUGUACGGUAAAGUCCUGAUUCAUGGCGGCACGGGAUUUUGGAUUUGGGAUAGAGUUCGGCGCCUGGAAUUUGUGCUUGUAACUAUCUUCAUAUUCACGCACUGUUACUUGAUGUGAUGGAGAAGGGAGCCAGCCACUUGGCUUCCUGGAUGGAAGAAUUGACAAUAAGAGACUGUCUCACCAAACCAUCAAGGAAAGACUCAGUUUGCCACUCGAAAUGGUACAAUGAUGACCAAC